AUGUCAAUGAACGUCUUCCGCAUUCUGGGCGACGUGUCCCAUACCGCGUCCAAAUGCAUCUUGAUAUAUGCCAUACAUUCCAAUAAAAGCGCCGAAGGUGUCUCCCUCCUGACUCAGCUUCUCUACAUCGCCGUCUUUCUAACUCGAUAUCUUGACCUGUUCUGGGUGAACCCAGCAUCGUCAUGGUGGAACUUUAUUCUCAAGAACUUUUACAUAUGGACUUCAAUCUACAUCAUCAUCUUGAUGACUCGAGUUUAUGCAAGAACACGCGAGCGGGAGAAGGCAUGGAGAUGGGGUGCAUACGCCGCUGCAGCAUCUUUUGUUCUGGCUCCAUUGGUUUCUCUGAUAUUCAAUGGUUGGAGUGGAUCCAACCUUUCUGAGAUUCUCUGGACGUUCUCCAUCAUACUGGAGUCCGUCUGCGUCCUCCCGCAGUUGAUCCUCCUGCGACAGACGACCGUUCCUACCGUCAUUGAUUCUUUCUACCUUGUCACGUUGGGUUCUUACCGGGCAUUCUAUCUUCUCAAUUGGAUCUAUCGGUUCUUUACACCUUCGAAGCCUGACCCAAUAUCGAUCAUCUUCGGGAUCAUUCAGACCGCGUUCUAUGUCGAUUUUGCAUGGGUGUAUUGGACCAGACAACGUGUGAAACUGAGAGCCGGGGGUGUGGUGGACGCUGAUGAUCUGAGGAAGGGGUGGCUGGUCAACAGAGUUAUCAAUCAUACCCGACAAACAUCUGAUGAGGAAGCCGAUCCUGAGUCUGGCAAUGCGGCCCCAAAUGGGCACACACCAGCCGCUAAAACCAAUCGAUGGGGCCCUCGUGGAAUUUCAAUCUCAGCUGAUGACACACUACAAGCUCAUGAUCGGCAAAACAGGCCUGGUCAGCAAUCCGACAGUUUAGAAAGUGACCCCAUCCUCGACGAAGACACAUUUGCAUCGGACGAUGACGAUGACGAUGCCCCGAUCCUUGACGAGCCGGGAAAGAAGGUACUAAACAGCAACGAGGAGUGGCGAGAUAACUCACCAUCUGGAAGUUGA